AUGACUGACACCGCCGUCUGGUUGUCUGGACCGACCUCCCACACGGUCUACGUCGACUCAGAUGGGGAAUUGUACGGCGAUCCUCUAGCCGGGACAGUCCACAUCUCCGGCGAGAUCUCCUCCCUGCAGUCACUCCAAAUAGCUCUCGUCCGGACUGUUCGACUCUGCACAAAUGCAUCCAUAGCAGCUAAAAGGAGCUCACUUAAAGCCCUUCUGUCCUUGCGGAAAUCUACACCCCUCCCCGAAACGCUAACCACGUCAUCUUCAUUUGCACAAGACAUCAUCCGAUGCAACCUGUCAACCACGCCAGGCUGGUCCACUAUCCAUCCUAACGGCACUGCCACCCACGACUUCGACUUCGCUCUCACAUCCCCCGUACACACCCCGGAGACCAUCUCGUCUGGCGCGCUCGAAGUCUCCUACGAAUUGCUCGCUUCGGCGACUGUGCAGAAUGGGCGCAUGCUCAGCAAUGCUCGACCCAUGCAGCUCAUCUGUCGCCGAUUUCCCGAUCCAUGGGACAUUGCGACGCAUUCACGCGGCUUCCCAGGCUCUGCAACGAAGGCCGAGUUUACCGUCUCGCCACAAUUAGCCGGACAGGGUCAAUGCACCCGCUACUCAACCGAUAUCCAACUGCGAAAUAUUGCCGCGCCGGGUACCAGACGAUCAGAGCUGACAGUUCUCGUCGUGGAAAGUCUCUCAUGGCAUCUUGACGAGAUUAUCACCUGGGGCGCCAAAAAUGCCGAAUCCACCACCACGCACCACCAGACUCUAGCGCGCGGGACCAAGAAGGGCCGCUGGGCAGUCCUCCGAGAGCCACGAGCUCCGUUGUCUGAACAGUCAAUCAAAGACAUGAGUAUUGCCAUUCCGUUGGAAAUAAGUAUUGGGAAAGACGUCAAGGCGACGAAUGACCUCGACAUUGACGCCAGCACAUCCGAUUACAACGCUCCGUCUCUUACCGUCCGCCACCAGUUGAUGGUCGAGAUGGUCACGGGCACAGAGACCACCAGUCGCGACAACGGAUCCCUCGUGGCGCGACGAAAAUCCGUCCGAGGCUUUGGAGCUACGAUUCCGCUGCCGCUACAUUCGUAUGCGGACACAACGGACGUGAUGAAGAUGCUGGAGGGAGCGGAUUUCGGGAUCUUGCCUGGAUACGAGAAGGUGGCGAUAGCACCGCCAGAGUAUAGGGAGGUGGUUGGACCGGUGUAA